GUAAAUCCGAUACCAGUAACUCACAACUUUACGUUCACCGCGACAUUAUGAAAGGGCAUCGCUAUUGGAAUUUCAUUGGAUUGCUACUCGUUACAUGCAACUUGCACGGAUCGGCGGAAUGCAGUAUGUGCGAAACAUGCAUUUGUACUAGCACAGACUCUGCUUGGAUCGUAAAUUGCCAAGGAAAACGACUGGAGGAUAAUAACCAUCAUCGUUUCGACUUAUUAAUGUUCGACGAAGAGCCUCGUCUCAGUGUUUUGAACCUGGCUGAGAAUGGAAUGAACUUUCUGCCAACGGAUAUGUUUACAAAUCUGGUAAAUUUGGAAACUCUAAACCUGUCCAGAAAUCAUCUCCAAGAGAUACCGGAAACUGCUUUUGACCAGCUUCAGUCUCUCACUGAUCUAGACCUCUCGCACAAUAAUCUGACUGCUUUACCGGAGAGAAUAAUCACCAAAAUAACAAAAUUGCAACGACUGAAUUUGAGCCAGAAUCAACUCAGCGUUCUAGAUCCCGACCUGAAGUUACUGACCAAUCUAACAUGGCUGGACGUCUCUCAUAACAACAUACAAAGCUUGGAAAAUGGUUCGCUUCAAUCGUUAACACAGUUAGAAUAUCUGGAUCUAUCGUUCAAUCGGAUCGACUCGCUUGGAGAGAACAAUGUGAUACAUUUGACACAGCUUGCAACUUUAACUCUUAAUAACAACCAUUUGGUCUAUCUUUCUCCUCACGAGUUUCCAGUUUCCAUAAUUAAUCUGAACGUCGGCUACAACAUGAUUACAAAUGUGCCUGAAACUUUGAUUAAUCUGCAAACACUCGAUAUGGCAUACAAUGAAAUAGUUGAGCUUAAUGAUAAUUUGUUGUCGCUCGUUCGAGUGGAGAGCCUUAAUUUUAGCGGCAACAAACUAACAGACUUUCCAAAUGUCAAAUUGGAGAAGCUGGAUACGCUAGACUUGUCAUUCAACAAAUUAUCCGUAGUUCCAGAAACAAUAAAGAAUGAAAAUUUACCACAGCUGAGCACUCUAGUAAUCAGUGGAAAUCCUAUAAGAGAAUUGAAAUUCAACUCUAAACUGAACCUCCACUGGUUAAUUGCCCGAUCGUUAGAGCUAGUCGAAAGCAUCGACGAAGAUGCUUUAUCAAAUCUCGAUGAUGAAAAGUCAGAGGGGUGUUUAAACUUGAUAAUAUCUCAGAACAAACGACUCACACAAAUCGAUGCGAAUGCCUUCAGAGAUGUGAAUCUUUGCUCGUUAGAUCUGAGCAGCAACAAUCUGAGCAGCAUUUCACCAGGAUUGAUUAAAUUGCAGAAUAAUACGGGCUUGUUGAAGUAUAGCGUCAACUUACAGAGCAACCCGUUCCACUGCGAUUGUCCACUGCAAUGGAUGCUGGUAGAACUGAUCCCAAAGCUUUACGACGCAUACCCCCAGCUUCUGGAUGACCUGAAGUGUGCUUCACCGCCGGACAGGAAAGACAUGAGAAUGAUACAUUGGUACAAGUGGAAGGAUCAAGUAUUUUGCGAAGACUCACAAAUCCUGGUGUCCAAAGUUGUCGUUGAAGCAGCCGGAGUAAUGAGUCAAAGUAGCCAAACAAUUAAAAUAGAAUCGAGCACAGGAAUGUUAGCUGCAUUGAUUGGUGCCGCUGUCGUUCUAUCAAUGUUGGUUACAAUUGGUAUUGUUUCAGCUCGACGAAUAGCAAUGAAAAGAUCUCGAAGAAAUCGAAGAUUUUAAUCUACGAUUUCGUAUUUAUACAUUGGAUUGAUAUCGUAAGGUAAAUAAAAGUAAGGUCAAUUAUUACAGAGAUUGAUAGUACAUAAGCUUAAAGCAAUGCCAUUGGGUUUACUGGACUGUGAUCGACUCUAAAAACCUCGGAAAAUAUUACUUCAGCAUUUAAAAAUUUUCAUUUUAAUUUAUGAAAAAGAGGGAAAAAACUAAACUGCAUGCAUGUAAGAUAGGAUAUCAAAUAUUGUAGCGUACGGAUAAUGUGCCAUAUAUUUUACUCGACGAGUGAAGCGCAGAUAUGAUGUAAAAAAAUUUAGAUAUAGCAAACGAGUGUAUAAAUUCAAAAGGAGAUGAUAUUUUUCAAAAUGUAUAGCCGUGUUAUAUAAUAACGGCAAAUAUGUUUAAUCUGUAUACGCGAUAUUUAUUACAAUUUAACAUUUUUAUUUACAACAUACUUAUAUUCAUUUUCAGAUCACUUGUGUACAAAAUUGAGACACGCUUUAUAGGUAAUUAGAAAAGAAAUGGUCAGUGAUAUUUAACAACUUGUAUAGCAAUUGUAUAAUAUGUGUAGAGUUAAUGUGGUCGAAAGAUCUCUCGAGCAAAAACAUCGGUAUGUUUUGUUGAUGAGGUAGAAUCAUUUUAUCGCGAUAUUCGCUAAUUGAUUCACAAGAAUUGGACUUGCCAAAGUCCGAAAAAAGAAACAGGAGAUCCAACCAAACCUGUAUAGUAUUACUGUUCUAAAAUUAAAAUUGUUUCUAAGUAUACAUAUACUGAAAAGGAUACGUAAUUUGCGUUCAUAGCAUCAUGACAACGUGCCUUAAGACAUUUUAUUUUAACUACAAUACUUUUAAUAUUACAUACCUACACAAAAUAUAUUUAGGACGUUAAAAAAAUUCGCAAACCUGAUCUGUGGACUUUGCGACAAUUGCGCUGCGCGAUUACGUAGUAAUAUUGUUACUAUUAUUAUUAUUAUUAAAGAAUAAUCAUAUUGACUGUUUUUAUAUUAUUAAUCACGAUUCCAUAAGGGCUCAAUUGUGCUCUACCUAUUUGGUAAUGCAACAAUUAACAGUAUUUCAUAUAUAACUUACAGAAUGACUUUACCAUUUCUAAAAGCUGGAAUAGAAAGUAGAACUAGAGUGAAA